AUGCAAGCCGCGUCGCCAAAUAGUCUGCAACAAGAUGGUGCGGGCGUCGCGGCUGUAGAGCUGGUUCCAUUGCACGCAGAUGCAGCAGCGAGCAGUGAGCAGUCCGCGAUGAUGGUCAAAUUCACCGAUGAGAGUAUUGCGGCCAUAAGGAAGGCGCAGCGUUCGCGGGCUCCGAUCAAGUUCAAAAUCGACCCGCAGGGUGGUCAAAUCGAGAUCGGGUUGGGUGAAACGGCCACAAAAUUUCGUUUUGUUGUUCAGCAACUACCAGGUACACCCGCGGACGCGGUUGUAUUUGAUAAAGUGCGUGGCUAUCGAGCCACUGCUUCAUUGCAAUCCAAAAUACAGAUUCAAGCCACUGACAAGACUUUUGCGGAGACCCGUGAAAAAGCUCAAAAGCUUGCCGAAGAGGAGAAGAGGAAAGCAACAAAAGAUGUUACUAGGCAACGUCGCGAUCAACGACCGAUGACCGUGAAACGUGCCACUAAUCCAUUAGCGAUUGGCGCGCAGCGUCCAAGUCCUUCCUCUUCAACGUUCUCAAAGAACAACAAUCAUUCCUCCGAAUAUUCAUCUAGAAAUGCUCAUAAUAAUAGUAGUAAUAGUAACCUUUCUAAGGCAACAAGUCAUUCACAAAACGGGUCGAAUACUGCUGCUAACUCUGCGGGUGCACGUUAUAUGCGUGCUGAAAUUUCUCGUAAGCCAUUACGUAAGCGUGUGAUACACUUGGUUGUGUUGGGUAAAUUUCGCAAUGCUGACGAAGUGAUUUGUCAAUUGAAAAAAGACGCAGUCAGCGAAGAUGGCAUUCAAGAAGCUGCUAAAGCUCGUGACAUAGUUGACGAGGUAUCAGAGGUAACGGGUAAAGAAACGGGUCGACUGCAGUUGAAGCAGUCAUUCUAUAAUGAGGUUGAUGCUCGCUGGCCGGGUUUCAACUCAGAAGAGAAGAGUCAGGUGCGUAAAAUAAUAUCGGGUAAUCUCAGUUCACAAUCGUCAAAUUUCGCUCCAACUCGUAAAUCUGGAAUGGCACCACCUCAGGCACCACCCGCUCCUUCAUCAUUCUCUUCAUCAGCAUCUCAUACAUCUACUGUUAACAAUAAUAUUAGUCCCGAAGCAAUUCCAACUCCACCAACGUGCUCAGCACAACGCUCGACCACCUCAUCAACCUUCUCAUCCUCAACAAAUUCGUCGUCAUCUCGUAAAACAUCACCUAAAUUGAUACCAGCGUCAUCUUCUGCUCACAAUCAAUCCUUGUCAUCUUCAAACAACAAAAAUCCUAGUCCAAUCAAUAAUCAAUCGUCAGCCAAUAACAAUUCUAAUUCGCAAACAAGUAGUACAAUUUGUAAUCCAUUGGAUGAUCUCCUGCCUGUGUCGACAUCUGGAUCAGCAGUGAAGAGGAAAGCACAUCAGCCAACUGGUGGUAGUAGUAGCAGCAGUAGCAGCAGCAGCAGUUCGUCUUCGUCGAACAUUCCCGAGAAACGUCCUAGACAACAGUCCCUCUCACCUCCUGAAGACCCAUCAAGUGCCAAUCCUGCCACUGUACCUCAACCACCUCAGAAGCCAGUCCAGCGCAACGAUAGGCAUCUGCAGGCAAACGGAGCAGACCAAUCAACCAUAAACAAUAUAAAUAAUAGUAGUCCAUUAACAGUACCCUCGCAACCCACUCGUGAUUGGUCGAAGUACUUUGGUGAGGCACGCAGUUUAGCGGAAGCUGAAAAAUAUUACAAUAUGUUCAUUGCGGAUUAUCCAGCAUACAUGGAAUGUUAUAAAGUAUUAGCAUCGGUGGCGAAAGAAUUCAGUGAGCUCGAAAAGCAGUUGAAUGAUUCACUAAAACAUCCUCGGGAACAUGAAAAAGUUGAACGCACAAUACAAACCAAAUAUUUGCAUUAUCAACGGGAUGCAGAAUUUCUGCAGACUCGUCAAAAGCAUGCGGACUUACGUGCGAAGUUGGAUGUUCUCAAGAAACGGAUAAACCAGUGGGAAAUGCAACAUGCAAAAAAUGACUCGUCUUCAACUCGUUCAUCGGAAAUCACAGAUGCUCGUCGCUCUGCAAUCAACGACAAUGUUUUAGUGAUGUGA